AUGGCGCCGCUUCUGGCGGAUGCGUACCUCCCUUCGCCUCACACCUCCUUACUCCUCCGAAGAGGAACGGCAGCGCUCAAUGGCGUCUCCUCUCCUGGUCCCGUCGGGCGCCGAUCAUGGGGACCGAAGAUGCAGGAGCAAGACACGAGCAUGCAGAGGAGGUCCUUCCUCCAAGUCGCAGGACUGUCGCUCGCUGGUCUCUCCCUGGGAUUUCCUGUGUUUGCUGAUGAUCAGCCUCCCUUGGGAAGCUCAAGGCGUCCUGUUGUUGUCUUGGGAGCUACGGGGAAGACAGGCAAGGAAGUCGUCAACACUCUUCUGCGCAAGGGUGGUUACGGCAUCCGUGCAGCUGUGAGAGGAGAAGCGACUAAGGAGAUGUUUGGAGCCUCAGAGUAUCCGGCAGACGACAUCGACCUGCUCACAGGAGUUGACGUGACAAAGCCUGACACCCUGACCGAGGUUGCCAAGGCCUGCAUUGCUGCAGGAGUGGAGCGACUGGUUGUCAUCUCAAGCCUCGGUGUGACUCGUCCGGAUUCGUUCGCUUUCAAGUUCACCAACUUGUUCGGAAACAUCAUGGACUACAAGGAACAGGGUGAAGAGAGACUGAGGGAGAUUUACAAGGGCCAGACCAAGUGCAGCUAUACCAUAAUCAGGCCAGGAGGGCUUCAGUCUGGCAAGCCCAAGGGAUUGAACAAUCUAGUGGCUGUGCAGGGUGACACAGGAUACUCCGACAUCGAUCGCGCAGACCUCGCAGAGGUAGCUGUUGCCUCCAUAUUCUACCCCGAGACUUCCUUCACGACCUUCGAGCUCUACGAGCGCAAUGCCAAGCCGAUCCAGAAGGAGUUCAAGGACAGCAUGUAUGGGAUCACAGGAGCGCACACCACAGACUUGCAGUACAACCCCAACACCGUCGUGUCCAACAAGGAGGCAGCUGCUGCUUUCAAGGAGUUUUUCGGCAACUUGAAGAAGGACACCGAGUACGACCCCACCAACGGCUACAAGGCGCAGAAGCCUGCAAGGAGGUCGUGA